GUGAUGUUGUAAACAUAUAUUGUUCAAACAAAAUUACUUUCGUCAUUCGUUUAAAACAGCUUGGAAAGAUUGGAAAAUAUAAUCAUUAACUAUGUGGCGUCUUCUAUUUUACUUUUCGUGCACUGUAGCAGUAACAGCGGCCCUUUUCCCCGUGAAAUACCCAGUACUGCCCAACUAUCAAAUGUACAAACGGCCUGGUUUAAAAGGUCGGUAUUUCUGCAAAAAGCACGGCUAUCACGCCUACGGUGGGAAAGGUAAUCCCCGGGGUUAUCUUGGGGCUGGGGUCAGCCUAGGUGGUGCAUUCAGGCCAAUCCCGGUGGAUCCAGUGGGCGGGGGCGACUUCCGGAUGGAUGGAGAUGACGAUCUCUUCAAAGAUCUAGGAAUGUUUGGACCAUAUGGACAGUAUAACAGUGGUCCUUAUUCGAUGAAUGACAGAAUUGCCGAAGGUGGUUUCGAUAACAGAGACAACACCUUUGAUACAAAUAAUUGGAACACCAUCGACAGCAGGGGUGGAUUUAAUGGUCUCAACAAUGUUUUUGGAAACGAUAUAUUUAACAACGAUCAGUUUAACAAUCGAUUUCAUGGGGCCAGCUUUACGGCCAUGAACGGAGCACUCUCUCAGGGAAGCCAGGUGAUCGGUGCUAGUGACACUCACAUGUUCGAUGGGUUUGGAGUACAAAGUCCAUCAAAUUUCCCAGCCAAGACAUCUUUCAGCAAACCAGAUACUGCUUUUGUGGACAACAACCGUUUAAAUAACAAUCAGUUAUAUGGCAAUCAGUUUAACGACAAUGCGUUUAGCAAUGACUUAAACACCAAUCAGUUUAAUGACAAUAAUUUUGGCAAUGAUGUAUUUAGUGACAAUGGUGUAUUCAAUGACAAUGGUAUAUUCAAUGAUAAUGGUGAUUUCAAUGUCAAUGACAAUGGUAUAUUCAAAGGCAAUGGUGUUUUCAAUGUCAAUGACAAUGGUGCUUUCAAUGUCAAUGACAAUGGUGCUUUCAAUGCCAAUGACAAUGGUGUUUUCAAUGCCAAUGACAAUGUUGUAUUCAAGGACAAUGGUGUUUUCAAUGACAAUGGUGUUUUUAAUGACAAUGGUGUUUUCAAAGACAGUAGUGUUAUUAAUGACAAUGGUGUUUUCAAUGACAACACUGUAAAUGAGUGGGACACUAGUCUUCCUUCACCGUUUGCUGGACAAACUCACAAAUAAUGUAGAGAGCACCUGCAAUGACUCUAGCAAUAUUUUAUUUGACGCGUACUCAGUGUAUAUACGUUUAAUCAAUAUAGGUAAAGUGAACACAAUUUGUUUCGACAUUUGCAUAAUAAGAUGUCUUUAUUUUUCAAAGUUUUUUAAUUAUUUUUAAUGUUUUUUAUAUUUUUUAUGGACAAAGAAGUGUAACUAGAGCAGCCUAAGCCAGACGCUUUAUUUAUGGUUUGCCUCCCUUUUUAUAAUGUUCUCGGGCUUGGCUAGACGGAGUCAAAGUCCCCGCUAUUCCCCGGACCUGAGGGGUGUGUGGUUACAAUUGACUGGUGCAUUAUGAAUGUUAUUUAUCACAUGCUAUAACUUGUUACCGGUUUAAAGGGACUCGCUCAUGUUUUUGUAAAAUGUACUUUUUUAUGACGAAAUAAAGUGUGGCAAAUCUUA